AUGUACAACACAAUUCGUAAAGCAAAUAGUAACGCCGAUUGGACUAUUGUUGAGAUGAUUAUUGCUGGCUUUACUGGCCAAUUGAAAGGAUGGUGGGAUAAUUAUUUAACCCAAGACCAUCGUAAUAGGAUUUUAAGUGCUGUCAAAGAUGAACCAGGUACAGCACGAACAACCCCAGGACAGAAUGUUGUCUACUCUUUGGUUAUUAAUAUAAUAGAAUAUUUCUCUGGAAGAUGGUCUGAUAAUAGUGAAAACAUUAGGACUAUGCUUCAGAAUUUAAGGUGCAAAACCCUUACAUCAUUUAGAUGGUACAAGGAUGUAUUCCUUAGUAGGGCCAUGGAGUUACCUGAGUGUAACAACACCCAUUGGAUGUCCAAGUUUAUGGAUGGACUGCCUAGUCUCUUUGCAGAAAGAGUUAGGAAAGCUCUUAGAAAAGGAGAAACCAACAUCAAAUAUGAUGAUGAAUACACUUAUGGCAAGUUAAUAGGUCAUUAUUAUAAAGAUUGCAAGGUCAAGCAAAAGAUUAAUAGUCUUAAUAUUGAUGAAGAGUUAAAGGACACAUUGUCCAAAUUGUUAUUGAAUUCAGAACUAGAAGAUUCGGGUGUUGAUCCAGAUACAUCAGAGAAUUCAACUUCAAAUGAAGAUCUCAAAGUUCUUGAAAAUGAGAGUUAUAUCUCUUCGGAUUCUAAUGAGGAAUGUGCUCCUUAUCAAAUAAGACAGCCUUGUUCUAGUAAAGGCAACAAGGUAGAAGAGUAA